GGGUUGAAUGGUGUGAUAAUUAUAUGAUAAUUAUUAUAACAAGUAUUGAAAUCAAUUAAUAGGUGUUUAAUAUAUAAGAAGUUUAACCGCAAAACAGAGGUCUCUCUCGAGAGGAGGAAAACCCCCCGAAAGGCAAACAAACGCGUCGUUUACUUAAGAGGAAGUAAACGUGUUUUAGUGUCCAAAUCCAAGACAAGAGGUCCCUUUAUCUGUGACUCCCGUUACUAAUAAACAAACCGGUCAUUCGGUCCGUCUGUCUGACCGUAAUCUCUAUAUACGAUUAGCUGUAUAUAAACCCCGAGUAUUAAAACCCGUGAAAUGAACGCCAAUCCGUACCAAAUGCGACCGUCGGGUCCGACCGGUUCCGUACACAACCGGUCGGCCAAUAGCGGCGGUCAGCCCUCGGCCGCCGACGAGAAGAAGUGGGGCGACACGACCUCACGGGCCGGAGAGGUGUCCCGUGUUUUUAUCGGUGGUGUGGACUAUAAGAGUACUUCUUGUGCUGAAAUCGAGCAACGGUUCCGACCCUAUGGCAACAUCUUAGGCAUUGAUAUCCAUCCGAAGAACUUCGCGUUCGUUCAGUUCGAGAGAGUAGAGGACGCGGAGAACGCGUGUCGCGGAGAAAAUGCCACUUCGCUUAAGAACAAGAAAAUUGAAGUCCGUGUGUUUGAUAAGAGCGGUCACCCGACCAAAGGCCGCGCCGCUCCCAAUCGGGACCGGAGUCGCAGUCCGACCAGAGGCUCGAUGGGCGGCGGAGGCGGUGGCGGACCCACUGGCACCAGACACGGGGCGCCCGUUCCCCAUAUGAACCAAUACGACGACCCGUACGGCUAUAAUCAGGGACCGCCGCCUCCGCAACAGCCGCCGCCCACCGACGGCGCGACCGGCAAUGAAUGCGAGAUUAUUGUCGUCAGUAAAGAGCAGUGGGGUUACGCGGAUAUGAUUGAGAAACGGCUCAAACAGGAGACGGGUCUUCGAUACGUGGAUAUGCUUUUCCUUCACACUCCCGGCUCUCUAUCCCUUACACUCAACGAUCUCUUUGAAAGACAAACUCUAUACGCUUUAGUGGUGGCGCCGGUCAACGAAGAGCACGUAUCGGUCACUCUUCACGUCCUCCACAAUCAAACGGAGCACCGAAAUAUGCCACUCGAAGACGCCUUGCGUUUGAUAACAAACGACUUCCAGGCGUACAACGGUAUGGGCGGCGGUGGCGAAGACAUAAGAGCCGGACCGCCGGCGGCCUAUCCUAUGGGCGGAAAUAACGCGUCUUCCGCUCCCAACGAUCAGUCGUAUCGGUCGGCCGGCAAUGCAUUACCGCAAGAGGUGUCGUAUUUGUUGCGACAGGUGUUGGAAGAAAAUGGGACACAAUAUCUGAGUCCAACACAAUUGGAUUCAUUAAUCGAUUACUUUCAGCGCCAGAAGAGCCGAAUGGCCGAACCCAAGCCUGUGGUCGACAAAAAGCCGGCGCCCAUUGAUCUGGAGAAACAAAAGGCCACUCUUCUGGACAACCCUCACGUUCAGGCGGCCCUCUCGUCGCUUCUACAGAUCGGAGCGCUUACCGGCGACUCCCCUAAGCCCAGCGCUUCGGCCAAUCCUUUCUCGGCGCUCACUUCUUCGUUCAGCGGAUCUAACUCUGCAUUUGGCGGCUCUAACACCGGCGCUAAUCCACUGUUUGGCGGUUCGACCACCGCUUACGGCGGACAACAGCAGAACAACGGCUCGGCCAACGCUCCCACCCGUCGACACCCACUGUUCGGCACCGAAGUUAAGCCCCAAUCGAUUCCGGGAGCGCCCGGAGGUUUGGUCGGUUACCCACCCGUCCAGUCGUACAAUCAAUACCAGUCCUAUCAGUAUUGA